AUGUCAACGAAAGCAAUUUAUGAAGCAACUGGUAAAAAACUUUUAAAUAAAUAUCUCGGUUCAACAGCAGCUGAAUGUCGAUGUGUUAGUAUUGAUGCUGAUACAGAUUGGAAUGAACUUGUCGCUAAAAAUACUUGGUUGAACACGGAGCGUUUAGUUGCUAAACCUGAUCAAUUGAUCAAACGACGUGGAAAACUUGGUUUAAUCAAAGGUAAUGUUGAUCUUCAAGGUGCAAAAGAUUUUAUUCAACAAAAUCUUAAUAAAGAAAUUUCUAUUGGACAUACAAAUGGAAAAUUGAAACAUUUUAUUAUUGAACCAUAUAUUAAUCAUGAAAAUGCAGAUGAAAUGUAUAUAUGUAUUUAUUCUAAUCGAGAAGGUGAAGUAAUACUAUUUCAUCACGAAGGUGGAAUUGAUAUUGGUGAUGUUGAUUCUAAAUCAUUAAAAUAUUCCAUUAAAAUUGAUGAUCCAUUCGAUGUUAAAACAAUGGAAAGUACUUUAUUAAAAAAUGUAUCAAAUGAUCGUCGAUCACAUUUAUCAACAUUUAUAACAAAAUUAUUUGAAGUUUACAUGGAUUUACAAUUUACAUAUUUAGAAAUAAAUCCAUUAGUUGUUACACCAAAAUCUAUCUUCAUACUUGAUUUAGCUAGUCGUCUUGAUCAAACAGCAGAUUAUUUAUGUGCUCCAAAAUGGGGAAAAAUUGAAUUUCCACCACCAUUUGGUCGAGAUGCUUUUGCUGAAGAAGCUUAUAUUGCUGAACUCGAUGCAAAAUCAGGAGCAUCAUUAAAAUUAACCGUUCUCAAUCCAAAAGGUCGCGUAUGGACAAUGGUUGCUGGUGGUGGUGCAUCUGUUAUCUAUAGUGAUACUAUAUGUGAUUUAGGUUUUUCACAUGAAUUAGCUAAUUAUGGUGAAUAUUCCGGUGCACCAAGUGAACAGCAAACAUAUGAAUAUGCUAAAACAAUUUUAUCAUUAAUGAGCAAAGAAAAACAUUCAGAUGGAAAAGUUCUUAUUAUUGGUGGUGGUAUUGCUAAUUUUACUAAUGUUGCAGCAACAUUUAAAGGAAUUGUUAAAGCAUUACAAGAAUAUCGUGAACGUUUAAUUGAACAUAAAAUAUCGAUUUUUGUACGACGAGCUGGUCCAAAUUAUCAAGAAGGAUUACGUGUUAUGCGUGAAGUUGGUUCAUCAUUAGGUGUUCCUGUUCAUGUAUUUGGUCCUGAAACUCAUAUGACAGCUGUUGUUGGCAUGGCACUUGGUAAACGUCCGAUUGUUGCACCUGAACAAUCUGAAUUGACAACAGCCAAUUUCUUACUUCCUACUAGUGUUAAUCAACCAUUAACACAUGUUAAUGAACAAGAUAAAAAAUCAAAUACUUCUAUUGAAAAUCAAUCAAAAAUGCAGAAUGGAAGUACUAUGGCCAAUGGUACUAGUUCAACAUCAACACAUAAUCAAGAAAAUGGAGUAGACAAAGAUGUAAAUCGUCCACUUUUUACAAAUACAACUAAAGCUAUUGUGUGGGGCAUGCAAACUAAAGCUGUACAAGGAAUGUUAGAUUUUGAUCAUGUAUGUCAUCGUAAACAACCAUCUGUUGUUGCUAUGAUUUAUCCAUUUACUGGUGAUCAUCAACAAAAAUUUUAUUGGGGUCAUGAAGAAAUUCUUAUUCCAUGUUAUAAAAAUAUGGCAGAUUGUAUGAAACGACAUUCUGAUGCUGAUGUAUUAAUUAAUUUUGCCUCAUUACGAUCAGCCUAUGAAAGUACAGUUGAAACAAUGAAAUAUUCUCAAAUUCGUGUAAUUGCAAUUAUUGCUGAAGGUAUUCCUGAACAAUAUACACGACGUAUGAUAAGAUUAGCACAUGAAAAAGGUGUAUUUCUUAUUGGACCAGCAACUGUUGGUGGUUUAAAAGCAGGUUGUUUCAAAAUUGGUCAUACUGGUGGUAUGCUUGAUAAUAUUCUUAUGUCAAAACUUUAUCGACCUGGAAGUGUUGCAUAUGUUUCUCGUUCUGGUGGCAUGUCCAAUGAAUUAAAUAAUAUAAUUUGUCGAAAUUCAGAUGGUGUUUAUGAAGGUAUUGCAAUUGGUGGAGAUCGUUAUCCCGGUACAACAUUUACUGAUCAUAUUUUCCGUUAUGAAAAUGAUCCUGAAGCAAAAGUUAUUGUACUUCUUGGCGAGGUUGGUGGUAUUGAAGAAUAUUAUAUUUGUGAUGCAAUUAAAUCUAAACGUAUUACUAAACCAUUAAUUGCUUGGUGUAUUGGUACAUGUUCAUCCAUGUUUACAUCUGAAGUUCAAUUUGGUCAUGCUGGUUCACAUGCUGAUAAUGAUGGAGAAACUGCAGUAGCAAAAAAUAAAGCUUUGAAAGCAGCUGGCGCUCAUGUACCAAAUAGUUUUGAUGAACUCGGAGAUUUAAUUCAUACGGUAUUUAAUAAACUUGUACAAUCAGGACAGAUCACACCUAAACCCGAUGUAUUACCACCAUCAGUACCAAUGGAUUAUGAUUGGGCUCGAGAACUUGGUUUAAUCCGUAAACCAGCUAGUUUUAUGACUAGUAUUGUCGAUGAUCGUGGUCAAGAAGUAUUAUAUGCUGGUAUGCCAAUUACGGAAGUUAUCAAAGAAGAUAUGGGUAUUGGAGGUGUACUUAGUUUACUUUGGUUUCGAACACGUUUACCAAAAUAUGCUACAAAAUUUCUUGAAAUGAUUCUUAUGGUUACAGCUGAUCAUGGACCAGCAGUUAGUGGUGCACAUAAUACUAUUGUAUGCGCACGUGCUGGAAAAGAUCUUGUAUCAUGUUUAGCUUCAGGAUUAUUAACAAUUGGUGAUCGAUUUGGUGGUGCACUUGAUGAUGCUGCUAAACAAUUUAGUUCAGCAUAUGAUACUGGUUUACAUCCAGCUGAUUUUGUGAAUAAAAUGCGUAAAGAAGGACAACUUAUUAUGGGUAUUGGACAUCGAGUUAAAUCGUUAAAUAAUCCUGAUAUGCGUGUUGUUCUUCUUAUACAAUAUGUUAAAGAACAUUUUCCAACAACACCAUUACUUGAUUAUGCACUUGAAGUAGAAAAAAUAACUGUUAGCAAGAAACCAAAUUUAAUUUUAAAUGUUGAUGGAUGUAUUGGUGUAGCAAUGGUCGAUCUCUUACGUAAUUGUGGUUGUUUUACACUUGAAGAAUCAGCAGAAUUUAUUGAAAAUGGUGCACUCAAUGGUCUUUUUGUUCUUGGAAGAAGUUUAGGUUUUAUUGGUCAUUUUCUUGAUCAGAAACGUCUUCGACAAGGUCUUUAUCGUCAUCCUUGGGAUGAUAUUUCUUAUAUUUUACCAGAAGCUAUGUAA